CGCUUCUAGCCAGCACCGCGGGCUCUGCCGGCUCCCGGGGCUUUCCGAGAGCGCCGCCCGCCCGCCCCCUCGCGCCCUGCCCGGCCGCUGGUCCCCGCGCGCUCGGGACAGACUCCCACAGCACCCAGAGCCUCGGGCCCAGCGGGGACCGCCGAGAGUCCCAGGCCCGGGCGCGACCCCCGCCCGCCCAUGGCAAGCUCAGCGCCCCCCGCUCCGUGCGGGUGCCACUGCCUCUCCCGAGCUUUCCUCGCGUGGCUGGGGUCAACGCUGCUGCUUCUCGCCGACUGGGUGCUGCUCCGGCCGGCGCUGCCCGGAAUGUCAUCCCUGCUGGUGCCCGCCGCGCUGCCGUUGCUCAGGGUCUGGGUAGUAGGCCUGAGCCGCUGGGCAGUGCUGUGGCUGGGGGCCCGUGGGGUCCUCAGGGCAACAGUUGGCACCAAGAGUGAAAGCAAAGAAGUCCAGGGAUGGCUGGCUGCUUUGGAGCCACUGGCGGCGGCGCUGGGCUUGGCUCUGCCAGGACUUGCCUUGUUCCGAGAGCUGGGCUCGUGGGGGUUCUCCACGGACAAUGACAGCACCAGGCUACUACACUGGGGAAGUCGCCUGGACGCCUUCGUCCUCAGCUACGCAGCGGCACUGCCCGCAGCCGCCCUGUGGCAUAAGCUCCGGAGCCUUUGGAUGCUGGGAGGUCACAGGGGUUCUGGAGACGCGGUGCGUCGGCUUCUAGGCUGCCUGGGCUCAGAGAUACGUCGCCUCCCGUUCAUUCUGGUCCUGUUGGUCCUCUCCUGCCUUGGUGAGAUGGCCAUUCCCUUCUUCACCGGCCGCCUUACUGACUGGAUUCUCCAAGAUGAGGCAGCAGCUGCCUUCACCCGAAACAUAACUCUCAUGUGCAUUCUCACCAUAGCCAGUGCAGUGCUUGAGUUCAUGGCUGAUGGGAUCUAUAACUGCACCAUGGGCCGCGUGCACAGUCACCUGCAGGGAGAGGUGUUUCGGGCUGUCCUGCGCCAGGAAACAGAGUUUUUCCAACAGAACCAAACAGGUGCCAUCACAUCUCGAGUAACAGAGGACACGUCCACCUUGAGUGAGUCUCUGAGUGAGGAGCUGAGCCUAUUGCUGUGGUACCUGGUGCGGGGGCUGUGUCUCUUGGGGCUCAUGCUCUGGGGGUCACUGUCCCUCACCAUGGUCACCCUCAUCUCCCUGCCUCUGCUUUUCCUUCUGCCUAAGAAGCUGGGAAAAUGGUACCAGGUGCUGGCAGUACAGGUGCGGGAAUCUCUGGCAAAGUCCAGCCAGGUGGCCAUUGAAGUCCUGUCAGCUAUGCCUACAGUCCGGAGCUUUGCCAACGAGGAGGCUGAGGCCCAGAAGUUUAGGCAAAAGCUGCAGGAAAUGGAGACACUCAACCAGAAGGAGGCCCUGGCCUAUGCAGUCAACCUCUGGACCACUAGUAUCUCAGGGAUGCUGCUGAAGGUGGGAAUCCUAUACAUUGGUGGGCAGCUGGUGACCAAUGGGGCUGUCAGCAGUGGGAACCUUGUCACGUUUGUUCUCUACCAGAUCCAGUUCACCACAGCUGUUGAGGUACUACUCUCCAGCUAUCCCAGGGUGCAGAAGGCUGUGGGCUCCUCAGAGAAAAUAUUUGAGUAUCUGGACCGGAUCCCUUGCUGCCCAGCCAGUGGUGUGUUGACUUCUUCAAAGCUGGAGGGCGUCGUUCAGUUCCAAGAUGUCUCCUUUGCCUACCCAAACCAUCCAGAUGUCCUCGUGCUGCAGGGGCUGACCUUCACCCUACGCCCUGGCGAAGUGACGGCACUGGUUGGGCCCAAUGGGUCUGGGAAGAGCACGGUGGUUGCCCUGCUGCAGAAUCUGUACCAGCCCACUGGGGGGAAGCUGCUGCUGGAUGGGGAGCCCCUUCCCCAAUAUGAACACUGCUACCUGCACCAACAGGUGGCUGCAGUGGGACAAGAGCCACAGCUGUUUGGAAGAAGUUUCAGAGAAAAUAUUGUGUACGGCCUGAUCCAGAAGCCAACCAUGGAGGAAAUCACAGCUGCUGCGAUGGAGUCUGGAGCCCAUAGUUUCAUCUCUGAACUCCCGCAGGGUUAUGAUACAGAGGUAGGUGAGGCUGGGAGCCAGCUAUCAGGGGGCCAGCGACAGGCAGUGGCCUUGGCUCGAGCACUGAUCCGGAAACCACGUGUCCUCAUCCUGGAUGAUGCUACCAGCGCCCUGGAUGCAAACAGCCAGUUACGGGUGGAACGGAUCCUGUAUGAAAACCCUGAGCGGUGCUCUCGGUCUGUGCUUCUCAUCACCCAGCGUCUUAACUUGGUGGAGCGGGCUGACCACAUCCUCUUUCUGGAAGGAGGCACCAUCUGUGAGGCGGGAACCCACCAGCAGCUCAUGAAAAAUAGGGGACACUAUUGGACCAUGGUGCAGGCUCCUGGUGGGUUGGGUGCUCCCGAAUGA